AUGAGUACUAGUCUUCCAGGCCUCCUGUCCUGGAUAACUGCGACCAUUGAACAACAGCGUGGGCUGUUCUCAUCAAUGCUGGAUAUUGCUUCCAAAUUAGAAAGUCAGUUGGACAUUUUAGAUCCACCCGGAGCAGACCAGGACCCAGCGCACUCUGCAGGCCACGAAGUGCUUAACAUCCUUGCGUUGGAAAAAGAAGCAAAGGCAUAUAAUGCAUGCGUCGCAGAGAUACGCAAAGCGCUGAACUUCAUUGCAACUAUUUCGCAGAGUCAGAAUCCCACAGAGGUGGACCAGUCCAACCUUGGCCAGAAUAUUGCAGCCAUGCUGAAGGGGAGGAAAUUUAUUCAUGAGACUUUUGCAGACUGCAGCACAGAGCUGCUGGGAGAGAUCCAGCAAGGUAUCGACCAGAGUCUAUUUGCUAUUAAACGACUAAUAGCCACAAAGACACACCGGUUCUAUAUUCAGCGCCGAGAUAUACUAGUGUUCGUCGAAGGAUCAGCAAGCGGUGUUUUGCUUUCAAAUUCAGGCCUUUCGCGGACAACUUCUCUUGUAACACAAGGAGCUGGUAAGGUAGCCCUAGAACUCCACUCGUUAUUGCGAUUCCAUGUGCAGAUGUUUGCCGACUUUGUCGAGCGGCUUCUUCCAAACACGCCUCUCUAUUAUCUCCUGAAGCAUAUAACCCUUGCAGCAUCCCUGGACGCCUCUCCCAGUGCUCAAGUUGCAAACACCAUUUAUGACAAUGGACGACCUUCAGCACUAAAUUCCUCGUUUCUAGCUCUGUUUGAUGCCCUUAUAGCAUCUCCGGCAUCUCCUGGCACCUUCAAGGACGCCUUUUUAGAGUUCAUGAAUCAGCGCAUAGACUUUCUACUACGUGUGUGCUCUAGUAUCGUAUCAUCUUACGGAGUUCUCAAGUCAAGAGCCUACUCCAAACUAAAAGGUGUACCCGCCAUGGAUACUUCUAAACUGAGGACUGAGACCCUUCUGAUAGCAAUCCUUGACUUCUUGAAGAAGCUUCCUGAUACCUUGAAAAUUAAGAACAGCAGGGAUCUAAAGGACUAUCUAUUAUUCAACGAUACUCAGCCCAUCCCACCUAUUCAUGACUCACCAAUCCGUGGGGACACACAACUCUCUGUGCCGUUGCGCCUACUUGCACACUUACACCGAGCAAAGCUCAAAGAGGGUGUGGCCUCUUUCAACAGGUCAGACUACAUCAAGGCCAUCGAAGACGGGCCUGCUUCAUCACCACCGCCUGCUCUUUAUAAGCAGGAAUCACAUCCAUUUUACUACUAUUUUGUGUACGUCUUGUCUAUGCUUUUGGACGAGCGUGAACAGCUUGUCAUGUUCAUUAACUUGAUGCUUUCCCACUACUGCGGUGACGCGACACCCUUUAGCUCAGGGCUAAUAGCCGAUAGCAAGCCUCUAGUAGAAAGCGCAUGUAGGCUAAUGGACGUCUGCUAUUCGUAUAUUGCCACGCCAGUUCUUCAAUAUGUCUGCCAAGUGUGUCUUGGGCUGAUUUCUAACAUUGACACUAAGCGCUUAACCUUCGAGACUCUUGAUAUACUACAAGUAUUACACGCCAUGAUACCUAUUGUUUUCUUGACUAACUACACGGAAAUACUCAGCUUUUCUCUUGGUGGCUUGCCGAUGACUGACGCGCCGAGCAAGCUUGUUGCUCAGGCUAUAGGGAAGGAGACCACUGUUUACGACAGUGAGAGCUCAUUUAUAAACGGCAUGGGAAUGAAUGGUACUCUCUUGAUGACUUCCCAGGGCACUGUGGACACCGACAGUUCUACUGCUAGUAAGUUCACGUGGAACAUUCCAUUCGAUGCCAUCAACAACAUAGUUCAUGGGGAUCUCUUCACGUCUUUGCCAAAGCUCUACACAGCCAUCAUUGACAUGCUUGGUCCUCUCUCUAGUAGCGUCGUAUCUUGUAGUCUCAAUCAGCGAAACUUCUUAGACCAGCUCCUAUACUAUCAAUACACUAAGUCAGACCUUAAUCUCUCUACAUUUGAUAGCCUCAGACAUGACUUUCUACUGUUAGUGAUCUGUGUCGCUCUCAAGAGUAAGGAGGUGCUUACUGCCUUUGAAGAAACGCUCUUCGUCAUUCCAACACGUACAGACAGCAUUAAUAUAAUCUCAGAAUUACCAAAUAUCAUUCUUUGGCUCAAUCAGCAGGGUCUCUACUCGAAGAGCAUCUCUCUUUGCUCAGAUAUCGUGAAAGUGGCUCAGGCGCUCUCUCCUGCACUCCUUGCCAAUGCAUCCAUAGAGGAUACUGCCCCGCAUAAUGGCAAUGUCAAUCAGGUCUGCACUUCUACAGGCUUUUCAGCCACCACAUUCGUGGACAGUGGGGCAGAAUUUGUUCUCCAGGACUACCUCUUCCCCUCAGGGUCUGAGAGUCUGAAGACGGCCGUUCUCGAACAGAAGCUCUACUAUUUGUCGUGCAUUCUUUUGUACCGCACUCAACCACCCAAGGGCCUGGUGAACAGCUACCUAUUUAAGCUCAACAACCUGAACUACCUUUCUGAAGCUGUCAGUUCCGACAACGGACCCUUGCGUAGCCUUGUUUCACACGAGUAUUCGAGAUUUAUACGCAAGCAAGUAGAUAAUUUAGUUGCCAAGUACUAUGAAAUGAUAUGGAAGCCAGCUCUUGUUGCGCUUGAUCUGCGCCGCCUUAUAAGUGAUUUGCAACAUGUCUAUGACAAGUGGCACGAACGAAAUAGUCAUGUAAUUACCAAGGUCGUAAUGAGUGAGCUCUCAGUGGUGCUCGACCAGGCUCGAGAAGUCUCUGCUCGCAUAGAAGGGACGGAAUGUGUGCCAGAGUCCUGGACAGCGUCUGAAGUCCAAGAUGACACGGAGACCCUUGGAGGGACUCAAAGGCCAGCGUCUCACGCAUCCAUCAAGAGCAGAAGGAUCACUGCCACACUAACAUCUUGCCUACCAAAAUUUGAGGGUCUGAUUCUCCCUCUUUUGGAUGCUCAUGUCACAGCCACUGUGCCCUCCGCGUCUCUUCAAAGAAAAAUCCAAGACUACGUACUUAACAAUGUGCUAGUCGUUGUCCAACAGUACUACAACGUGUGCCAAUUCUCUCCAAUCACUGCCUCUGCGUUCAAAACCCAUAACAGAAUUUCUCCGCAGAGCAUUCAAAAGCAUAUAGAGAGGUUCUUUUGUGGCACGCCUGGUUCUGCCUUGCCCUACACCACUCCUAAGUGA